GAGGCCGCGUGCAGCCCAGGCUACGCCAACCCCGAGCGCUGCGGGUCCUGCUCCAGGUGCGCGCCGGGCAGGUACGCGCACGACCGGGGGGCGCACAGCUGCAAGUGCGCGGCCAAGGGGCACUACGCCACGUCCGACGGCAUCCGCGAGCUCGAGUGCGAGCCGGGCCACUACCAGGGCUCCACCUGCGGCUCGGUGUGCCUGAAGUGCGAGCUCGGCAAGUAUGCGUUCACCAGCGGGCACCACGACUGCCAGUGCGCGCCCAAGGGGCACUCCGUGAGCCGCGACGGCACCACGCUGAUCGAGUGCGGGCCCGGGUUCUACGCGGACGAGGACAGGGCUGGACCCGAACGCCGGCGUGUCCGCCCGGACGGUAUUCCAACGCGUCGGUCAGCUCCGGCUGCCACCCCGUGCCGGCUGGGGCAUACCAAGACCUGGCGCACCAGGUCUCCUACAAGCGUUGCGAGCCGGGCAGCUACAGCCGAGAGGAGGGGUGCGCCACGUGCGCGUCGUGCUCGUUGUCCUACUUCUCCGGCGUGGGCAGCACCGCGUGCGAGUCGUGCUUCAGACUGAGCUUCGCCAUGGACCACGCGCACACCCAGUGGAGCGGGCAGUGCGCUGGCAAGCUGAUCGCCCUGGCCUGCUCCCUGGUCGGCUGCCUCGUCUGCUUCAGGUGCGGGUGCAUCGGGCAGGUGCAGCAGAUGCGGCAGAAGGCCGCCUUCCGCAGGGAGAUGCACCAGCUGCAGGUGUCCCAGCUGGAGCUGCAGAUGCGGGCGGCGGGCGCGGCCGGGGUCCCGCUGGAGGGCGGCGCGGCCGCCGCGGAGCGCGCCCGCGGGGGCGCCCUCGGCCCGUGACGCCUCGGGGCGCCGCGGGGGCGCGCCUCGGCCCGAAGGCGGAGGCCCCGUGGCGCAGGGGAGCAG